GCUCGGGGCACGGCACUGACUGAUUGUUUAAAAAAAAACUUUUGUUUAUGAUACGUUAUGGCGGACUUCGUAGGUGAUGGAGAUUUUUCAAAAGAAAAUUUACAAAAAUUUAACAAUGAAAGGCGGAGUACUAAGCAAUGGGUCAAACUUAACGUAGGCGGAACUUAUUUUCUAACAACUAAAACUACCUUGUCUAGAGAUCCUAAUUCAUUCUUGUAUCGAUUAGUUCAAGAGGACAGUGACUUGAUUUCGGACAGGGACGAAACUGGCGCUUAUUUAAUAGACAGAGAUCCUACUUAUUUUUCACCAGUGCUCAACUAUCUUCGUCAUGGUAAACUGGUUAUCAAUAAUGACAUCGCUGAAGAGGGUGUUUUAGAAGAAGCAGAGUUUUAUAAUAUUACUGAACUCAUAAGAUUAGUGAAAGAAAGGAUAUGCUUGAGGGACAGAAGACCUUUGAAAGAUUCUAAAAAGCAUGUUUAUAGAGUAUUGCAGUUUCAUGAGGAAGAACUUACACAAAUGGUAUCAACAAUGUCUGAUGGUUGGAAAUUUGAGCAGUUAAUAAAUAUUGGUUCUCAGUAUAAUUACGGCAAUGAUGAGCAUGCAGAAUUUUUGUGUGUUGUAAGCCGUGAAUGUGGCAAUUCUCUUAACAGCAAUGAUAUUGAACCAACAGACCGUGCCAAGGUGCUGCAACAAAAAGGUUCACGGAUGUGAGCUUCAAGAGAACUGUUGUAUGUUCUAAAUCUUUUUUGAGACUGUCAGCUCUGUAAAAUGUGUACAUAAAUAUUUGUAGAGUGUAAACAGUCUUUGCCCUUUUUAUUAAUGAGUUAAAAGUAAUAAUUUGAUACUUAUGACAAUGUUGAAAUAAGUCAAUUCCAUUGUAAUCAUAUAGGUGAUCAGACUUUCAAGAGCUACGUGAAUUAUGUCCUUAUCUGAUCCCAUUGGAGUCUAUUGAAAAGUGAUCUUUUUGAGUAAUAUUUUGGUAAAAUCAUUAUGCAUUCAUUUAUAUUUUUUUAAAUGUUAUGCGAAAUAACUAUGUGAUAAGAAGAUUAUACCAUUGAACUUUAUGGGAUCCGUUAUGGACCCAUGUGAAUUAGACAAAUACUCAGUUUUGAUAUAAAUUAUAGUGGAUUGUGUAGAUUAUAAUGAUUCUAGGAGGAAUUUUCAUGAAAUGUCUUCUACUUUGAGUAAUGAGAGUGUAGUAAAAAGAUACCUAUGUUUAAUAAAUUACUGAGUGCAAAAUUGAUUUGGUUAUAUCUUGUGUAAAUUGAUGUAAUUGUUUUGCUUCUCUAAAAGACAUAUAAUUAAAAAGAAGUUAGUGUAUUUUGGUGGCUACUUUAGCUUUCUUACUGUGUAUUGUUUAUAUGGUUUUAGUAUAGAUAAAACAAGUGGAGAAGCAAUAUAAUCAGUACUGUAUAUUUUUAUGACAGAAUUUUUUAUAUACAUUAUUAUACAUGAGGAACUUUGUCUUAUGGUUUAUGCAAUUCAUGAUACAAAAUGGUUAAAAAAUAGUACAAAUAUUUAAAGUGAAGAUUCUGUUAAUACUAACUUUUCCCAAUAAGCAUAUCAUAAAAUAUGAUACAAUAAAGUUUGAUUUCUUUUUACUAAUAUGUUUCAGAAAAAAUCUAUUCGACUUUUAGUGAAAAUGUUUUUGUUAUAUAUAUAUUUGUUACAUCCCUGGGGAGAAACCUCAGGUUUGCCUUUGUCCAUGAUCCAGGAGUGGAGUGGGAAUGUCGUAAAAUAAAGUCAAAUUCAAUAUUAUGUUUAUUAGGAAAAGUAUAUUACAAUCCCAUACUUAAAAUAUUCGUACUAUAUUUAUGCAACAUUAAUAAUAUAAAACACACCACUAACCAGUGUUUGUGUGCCUAAAUAUAAUUGUUUUGCUAAACAUGAUCACCAUAGAAGAACUGCAUAACUUGCAACUCCAUGCAAGACAGGUAAGUUUUCAAAUAGCUUGUUUAAAUCUGCUCUUGAGUAUUAAAAACACAUGUAUUUUCAGUUGCUACCUUUUGAAAUUCACAUUAAGCUCCUUUGUAAAUGUUGAUAUUUGAUUCUGUGACUUUAAAUUUGUAAUGUUUCAAGUUAUCUUUGUGCAAAGUUGUGGGACUAAAGGUAGUAGUAAAUACGGCCUUCUGCUUCUUACUGGUGUCAGAUGGAGAGAAGCGUAUAUUUGACUAUGAUUAUGAAUUUUCUAAGCCAGGUUUUUAAACAAAGGGACUCCCAUUUGUUGGAUUAGAUAAAUGUGGUCUCAUUCUUAAGUGCCGGGGAAUUUCACGGCACUGUGUAGUUUGUAUGAUAUCAUCUACUACUAAAUUUGCUCACCCACACAGCGUAAUGCACUGAGAUAAUCUGAAACUCUAUAGAUAUAGAAAUAAUAUGAGACAAUAGAAAUGUCAUAUUGUUUUUGAUAAAGAUAAUAUGUUUGUGUCGUCUUGCAAUGUACGUAGUAUUCUGAGUUUUAGAGCAGUUUUAAAGCUGUCAAAUAAAAUUCAAAAUAUGAAAACGAUAUGGGGACUGGUGGGGAUGAUCACCAUCAGUUGCGACGUCACAUUACUAGUACUUACUAUUUCUAUAGUCCUAUAUUAUUCCAAAUUCUGUGAAAAUCUCAUGUGGAUCAUGUUAGUUUGUGCUUAAGUAUUAAUAUUAAGUAUUUUUCCUAGCUAUAUACAUCAAUGAGCUAGUCAUUCUUUUGAUCAAUACUGAUUGAUGGCAUAAUUUUACUUUGUUAUGAGUGAUUAUAAAGUGAUUUAGGUACUUUAUAUGAAUUCUAGUAUUUCCAAGACCGAAAUCACUUCUGUACAUAUUGUUACACAUAUUCUGCAAUAAAUUCCAGAUUAUGCUCAUUUGCAAAAUAUAUUAUUAGAAUCUUUCAGUCCUGUA